AUGUCAACAGUUACUGACUUAAUUUCGUCUUUAAAACCAGAUGAAAAGUUUGUUUCAUUUGAGUUCUUCCCCCCGAAAACAGAUUCUGGUUUUAGGAACUUGCUAGCACGGCUAAACCGUUUGCUGGCAUUCAAUCCACUAUUCAUCACUGUGACAUGGGGAGCUGGAGGUUCAACUAGUGAAAAGUCCUUAGAUCUUGCAGCAACGUGUCAGAAAAGGAUUGGAUUGAAUACGGUCUUACAUUUAACAUGUACAAAUACUGAUAAGGAGGUUAUUGACGAAGCAUUAUCAAAAGCAAAAGAAAGUGGUAUUAGAAAUAUUCUUGCAUUGCGGGGAGACCCACCAAGAGCGGAAGAAUACUGGACACCCAACUGUGACUUUAAUAAUGCCGUUGACUUGGUCAAGUACAUAAGAGAGCGCUACGGCGACUAUUUCUGUAUUGGUGUUGCAGCGUACCCUGAAGGACACGUUGAUGGUGCAGAUACAUCUGGGCAGAAUCCAAGAAAAGAUAUCCCGUUUUUGAUUGAAAAAGUCAAAGCUGGGGCAGACUUUAUGAUUACUCAAUUGUUCUUUGAUGCCGAUAAGUUUGUAAGUUUUGAGAAAAUGAUACAGCAAUGUCCGGAGUUGAAGGAUGUGCCAUUGAUACCGGGGCUUAUGCCAGUAACAACUUACAAAGUAUUCACAAGAGCAACAAAGAUGUCGCACGCAACUAUACCGAGAAAUGUUCUUCAUGAGUUUGAUGCUAUUAAGAAUGACGACGACGCAGUCAAGCAGUUGGGCGUCAACUUGAUUUGCGAUAUAAUAGAUAAAUUAGAUGAAAAUACAAAUGUCAAGGGAUACCAUUUUUACACAUUGAAUUUGGAAAAGGCAGUGGCGUCAAUAUUGAACAAAUCGGAUGUGUUGAGAGGCAUAUUGGAAGGUCCAUCGACCAUAAAUGAAAACGAAAAUGCCAUUGCUUCAGACUCUGAGGACGAAGGUCCGAAACACUUUAGAAGGAAGUCCUCCAUUAAUGAAAGAGCUAUACAGGAGUCCUUAUCAAUCGAGGUUUUGAGGAAUAAAAAAACGCUUGUGGAUAUCAGUAGAGGUAAAGGAGCUUUGGGAAAAGACGCGACUUGGGAUGAUUUUCCAAAUGGUAGAUUUGGUGACUCAAAUUCUCCCGCUUAUGGUGAGAUAGACGGGUAUGGACCGAAUUUGAAGAUCCAUGAUUCAAGUGAAGCCAUUACAAAAUGGGGCUGCCCCGAGACAUUAAAAGAAGUGAGCCAAAUUUUCAUUGACUAUCUUUCGGGGAAAAUCGAUGUUGUUCCCUGGGCAGAUACAUCACUCUCGCCUGAGACUGCAUUGAUCCAGGAAGAAUUGUUUGAGCUUAAUCAAAAAGGUUGGUUUUCGGUGGCUUCUCAGCCGGCAGUCAAUGGUUGCAAGUCUACAGAUAACAUUUUUGGUUGGGGACCACCAAAUGGUAUUGUAUAUCAAAAGUCCUUUGUGGAACUAUUCAUGCCCUCCCAGGACUGGGAGGAGGUUAAGAAGCACCUUGAUGAUUCCACAACAUACUACGUGGGAGAUAAGUCUGGUCGGAUUGAUCUGAAUUUGCCCAUUGGCAGGGAAUCCAGGAAUGCGGUAACCUGGGGCGUGUUCCCUCUGAAAGAAGUUGUACAGCCUACUGUUAUAGAUUAUGAAUCUUUCAAAGCGUGGAACGAGGAAGCGUUUUUAUUAUGGUUGGAAUGGGCGAGAUGUUACAAGAAGAACUCGAAAACUUUUGAACUUUUAAAUUCUAUACACGAUACCUAUGUAUUAGUGAGUUUGAUACAUCAUGAUUACCAAGAGGAAAGCGCACUAUGGGAUGAAUUGAUGCAAUAG